AUGGAGUUUGUUACAGAGAUCACCGCGCAGGGUCGCCAGAACCGAACUUCGACUACACCCAGCACCGUACCAUCAGCUCCACCGACAUAUGGAUACCACAACACCUACCACACACAUGCGCAAUUGCCCGCCGGUUCACCACCCACCUAUGCGCGCGCAAACGACCCCAAGACGUUACGGCAUCUGGAGGAGAAGGCGCAAACAGAGGUCGCGUGCAGCUCAGCACUACCGCCAGCAUACUCGUGCUCAGUCGAACUGAGCGGUGUGCUGGGCUUGAAGCCUGAACUCUCGUCGCCCUUUCACGUGGCUGGCAACCGCGAGUGGUUCGAUGCGUUUGUGGUUCUGCAAGGGACACGAUUGAGCAUUUACCGCGUCAAGAUGCCUGGCCUGCUGAGCAAGAGCCGCGCCCCGUCACCCGGCAAGCUCAUCCACUCGUAUUCACUCCAACAUGCCGAGGUUGGUGUGGCUUCGGAUUUCAAGAAGACGCCUCUGGUCCCAAGGUCGCCGUUCGCACAUCUCGUCCCGGCGUCCACACGACCGAAGCUGUACGAGACAGACCCGCACCUGUUCGAGCCCGUCCGCGAACAUGCGAUCCGCCUGCGACUCGAGACGGAGCAGUUCCUCAUCUGUGCACCGUCCCAAGAAUCCAUGCUCGACUGGAUCGAGUCUCUCUGCGCCGCCGUUGACAUCAGCACCCCCAUCGAGGACCGCAGCGAGCCACGCUACCGCAGCCUCCCACGCCGCAGCAGACGCCAACGACUCCUCGACAGCGCGCAGCUCGGCGAAAACAUGGAGAACCUGACCAACCUCGAAGCCGGCCGCCGCAUCAUCGCCCAGCAAGAACAAAUCAUCCGCCAACUCUACCCACACCUCGCCGGCUCCGCACCCAGCACAGCCGACUCCAGCUUCGGCACUACCACCACCAUAACUGCCUCGACCACACCCGCCCCCACAGCCACCGACGUCGACAUGCUCGACGACUUCGACCCGGAAGACGCCACACCUCCCUCGCGCUCCUCGCAAUCACCAGACGAAGACUUCUCCCCGCCAUCGUCCUCGCCUUCGGACCCCAAAGACACAGAACCCACCCGCACGUCGCCCAGCCAGAUCCUGCGCUAUCGCCGCCGCUGCGCUCCCGUGCUCCUCGCCUCCUCCCCGCGCGUCUCAGACAUUGUCUUCAUGGAUAACCAGCGCUUCCGCAUCGACGUCAAGCAGCACAUUCUCGUCGACUACACCCCGCUGCCGCCGCGCUACGACGCGCACAACUUCCCCAAGCAGAAGCGCAUGACCAAGCUGCAGCGCGCGAGCAAGAUUGUCGUCGUGGCUGAGAGGCCGGGCAGCCCCGUCAGGGGCGUGAGCGACGAUUCGAUUGCGAGCAUUAGCUUUGGCGAGGACUUGGAUCUGAGCAUUGGGCUGGGGCCCAGUGCGAGUGCGGACAGUGUGGGCGGGAGUGGGCCUCCGAGUCCCACGCAGGCCAAGGGGAAGAGGAUUGAGGGCGGCGAGAUGGAAGCUGGGGUUGCGAUUGUGGUGUAA